AGAUUUGCUUUGUUUUUGUUUCAGUUGCCGUGGUUUGUCGACAUUUUCCUGCCUUGCUUCUCCCCCAAAAGUUCGCUUUGUUUCUUGAAUAUAAAAUUCUUACACACCUUCCUGUAUCUUUGAUCAAAUCUGGAGAUCAUGUUUAUGGCAUGUCGGUUUCUCUGUGCGCUUUUCGUCUCGAAUUAGGCGGUGAUUCCGUAGUCCCCAAGGAUCUUGCCUACUUGGCUCCUCAGUAUUUAGCUAUGGAAGCCAGCUCAAAAGAAAAGUCAGAGGAGAGGUUGCCUGAAGCAGAAACUUGGGAAAGAGAAAGGGGCAAUAAGGCUAGAGGUAAAAGAGAAUUACAAACCAUAGAAAUGGAGACCUAUGAGAAUGACAACACAGGCACUGGACCCUGGGAAACAACUAAAGGCAAAAACAAGAAAUCUCUUGAGAUUCGUAAAGUGAGAACUUUGUCCAACAACAGUUCGUUUGACCAAGAACUUCCAGGUACAAGCAAGGAACCUUCUCCUGCAUUGUCUUCUGCCACUGGUGAUGGGGAGACAUCCGUCUCUGGAAGUUCAUAUUCCGACUUGGCAGAGCGUAAGAAAGUUAUCAGCAAUAGGGACCAACUGAGCUUCUUCUCUGGCAACCCAUUUGUAGAGAAGGUACAGGGUAUUCUACAUUUCUAUAAAGAAAAUCACAUGACAUCUUUAGAUAUGGAUGUGCCUCGCAGUCAAAUGAUAUGCAUGCUGGCCAUUCCAGCUUGGCUCAGUUGUCAUGACUUGCUUAAUUUUCUAGCUCCCUGCUGUCCUGGCAUCAGAAGAGUCCGAAUUAUUCGCGACAAGACCCCCAACCAAUACAUGGCCUUGGUUCUUUUCCGUAGUCAGGAAGAGGCUGAUGAAUGUUACAAGACAUUUAAUGGUACGCCUUAUAACUCGAUUGAAUCAGAGCAUUGCCAUAUUGUCUACGUUGCAAAAGUAGACAUCAGCGGAGAUACAACUGUGGGGAGCGGGGGUUUCGGCCCACCCAUGACGGGAAUGACUGAAUUGCCUAUCUGCACGGUCUGUCUGGAGAGAAUGGACGAGUCGGUGGAUGGCAUUUUGACCAUUUUGUGCAAUCACAGUUUUCACGGAGCUUGUCUUGCCAAAUGGGGAGAUACCACAUGCCCAGUUUGUCGUUACCUGCAAUCUCCUGAAAUGGCGGCAGAAAGUUGCUGCUCAGAAUGUAAAUCCAAUGAAUCACUUUGGAUUUGUUUAAUUUGCGGUCAUGUUGGCUGUGGGAGAUACGUUGAAGGCCAUGCAUAUCACCAUUUCCUGGAAACCCAGCAUUGUUAUGCAAUGCAGCUUGGAAACACUCGUGUUUGGGAUUAUGUGGGCGAUAGUUUUGUUCAUCGCUUGUUACAAAACAAUGAAGAUGGAAAGCUAGUUGAAGUUGAAGGCAAUAACAAUGGCCGCAGACAACAGUCUGGCAAGGGAAAUAACAUUGAACAUGAAGAGAAACUUGAUUCUGUCCAACUAGAAUACUUGUAUCUACUUCAGAGCCAACUUGCCUCUCAAAAAAUUCAUUUCGAGAGCAUAAUCGAUCGUUUGGAACAACAGCAUCGACAAGAGAGAGAAGAGAUUAAGGAAAAAGUAAAGUCGACAAUAAAGGAAAACGAACGUCUAAAAGCGAAAGAGAAAAAGAUGGCAGCGAAGUUGACGAAGGCAAUAUCCGAUUUGCAAGAAGAAAAGGAACUAAACCGGUCGCUUACCCACAACCAAUCGUCGUGGCAUCAGCGGGUCGCUCAGUUGGAGACACAGGUGCAGAAAAUUCGUGAAGAAAAAGAGAUAAGUGUUCGCGAAUUGCAAGAACAAUUACAAGAUGUGAUGCUCUAUUUCGAAGCGCAAGAAAAGUUUAAAAACACUGAACUGGAAGGAGGGCAGGUCGUGCUGGGCGCGGUGCCUUCGUCCCCUUCACGGUCCUCUUUGGAUGGUAGCAAAGGUGCCAGGAACAAGAAACGUGGAAAGUAAAUAGAUUUUACUCACCCAAGGAUUAUAUAAUUUCUUCAUUUACAUAUGACUUGUCUUUUAAAUUACGUUUUUUUUUCCUACGUUUUCUAUUAACUCGGUAAUAAAACAAGUAUAUUU